AUGGGCAAGGGUGCGGCUAAGUUUGGCUACAAGAGCGGUCUUCUUCCCAAUGCUCGUUCGAUUUUAAAGCGACCAACUAUCAAGCAAACAGAUGUAUUAGAAAAACUGCAAAGUGUCAAGCCAAAGGGUCCAGAGGGUGUUGGGUAUGCAGACAAUAUUGCACAUCCUAAGGGAUCACACAGAGUUUCGGCACCCAUCGAAAUCAUUGAUGUGGAAAAAUUGAUCUCGAGCACAGUUCCAGAGCCACAGCAGGCCAAAGUUGCAAGGACAGUGCAACAGGAAGCCAAGCAGCACAAAGCACAAUUACGUAGAGAAUACUUGUCGGAGGCGUUUAGAGCGGAGGAAAAACGCGUCUUGAGACAGGCAGAGCUUUUGAAGAAGAAAGAGGCAAGUUUGGCCGAACAAAGACAAGUCGAGCUGGCUGCUUUGAACGAAUCGCGUUCCAGCGAUCUGACGCUUCCAACAAUGGACAACUUGUUGCGAGGACCUUUGAUGCGCCAAAGAACGCCCGAGGAGAAGGAAAUUUUGGAAAUGAAGAGAAAACAAAAUCGCGACGUUUUGCAGCUCAGGGCCAAAGAAAGGAAACUGGAGAAUUUGCUCAAGCUGUAUCACGUCUCGGACGAGUUUAUCGUCUCUGAAAGCCAGCUACUCAAAAAGAUAGACGAGGUGUUUGCCAACGAGUCGUCAGAGGCUUUGAGGACCAAGCUCAGCGUCGGAAACGCUAAGCCAAAGUCGCGGAACGAGAAAGAAAUGGGAGAUGCCUUGUUUGGGUCUCUCGGUGGUGGCAACUUUGUUGGUCUUCCAACAGUCAAGGACUACGUUUCGGGUGAGCUGAACAGCUUUGCGAAAGAAGUAGAAGCUCAAAACCAAGCCCUAAUAAAACAAAAACAACAAGACAUGGAUACGAUUCUGUAG